UUUUUAAUGUUUAUUUUGUGUUUUUAUUUACUUUUUAUAGUGAGAACAUAAACCUACACAAAAAAGCAAAAAAAUAGAGGUUGAUAUAUGGAGCCAGAGGAACAUUGUGUAGUGACAGCGCGGCAAAGAAGAUCGGAACUAAAAUUUAGAGCGGUGGGUAUGCGCCAAAUUUCAGUCAAAUCCCCAUUAGAAAAACAGAGGCUAACAUGUAGAAGCAUGGGCAAGAGCGGGAGAUCAGAGUUUUCAGAACCACGGGCGGGACAGCGGGAGCGAAAAGACCAAAAAAUUUCCUAAGUCCCCAGCGCAUCCCUCAAACCCUAGCGAAAAGUCCCCACUGUCUUCUUCUCUCCGCCGCCGCCCCAUGUCUCUUCUCUCCGGCCACCGUGCUCUCUGUCGCCGCACUAUUCCCCUCCAGAUACAAGCUACGUCUCACCCAUGGCCUCCUCGACUGUGAGAACGACCACCCCGUCGCUUCAAGGCCUCGCGGCGGCGGGAUCCGCCCCACCCCUCUCUUCAUAUCCCAUUGAUUCCGCCCCUGCCGCCGGAUGCGGCCUUCCCAUGCCUCCUUGCGGCCGGAUGCGGCCUUUCCCGGUGUCCCUGCCGCCGGAUCCGGCUGCACCCUACCGCUUGCUCAUGGAAGGCCGCGGGUUCUGCUGCGGUGCGAGGUCGCGGGCGCUGGAUCUUGCGGGGCUCGAGAUGUGCAGGCCGGCCAUCUCAUGGUUCUUCCGGAGCAGCGUCUCAAAAGCAUCAAAAAUUCUGAAUGCCCAACUGAGCUUGCGCCUGUUGAUGGGAGGUCUAAGCGCAGGAGCACGGUGGACCGCCGAGACGAUGAGGCAAGAUCAUAGCCAAGAAGAAAAAUCAUGUGUCCUCAUGGGCUCUCCAUGCACUAGUUUCGAGAGGACCUCGACGAAGUGCUCCAGUCCCACACUGUCUAUUCUAAUGUCUUCAGGGGCGUCCGACAAACUCACCAAAGUACGCGUCAAGAUAUUGGAGAAAGGUGAGUUCCAAGUUUCUGGCAAGGAGAGGGAGCAACAAGCUGCAGUCAGGGAUCGGAGGAGUACGCCAGGACGGCCUUCGAAACAGAGGAGGAGAAGCAUAGCAAGGAGAGAACCAUGCAAGACAACAGGGAACGUGAGAGUAGGAGAUCACCGUCCUCUAUUAGAGUGGGUAUCCUCAAACAAGCUAGGUAAAGUCAUAUUGGAGGGCACAUGUAAUCAAUUCUCUAUAGGUUCGGUUCUCGUAUUCGGAUUUUGGUAUCCUUACAACAACUUCGUAUGUGCGUAUACGAAUCGGGUUCGAGCCCGAUGUUUGAUAGCUAGGACACGUUUUUGGUAAAGGUUCAGAUUCCAGUUAGUACCUGUGCAUUUCAGUGAUGUUUUAGCAAAAUAUAAUUUGCAUGUUCAUCUCUAAAAAUUAACUAAACAUUUAUUCGGCAGCUAGAACGAGGAUAGCAUGGGCUGUAUGUGCACUUGCUUGCUUAUUGAACUGGAGUACAUCCUGUUUUGCAAGUUCUAGUGAAAUUGGAUCUUACUAA